GAGAGAGAGAGAGAGAGAGAGAGAGAGAGAGAGAGAGAGAGAGAGAGAGAGAGAGAGAGAGAGAGAGAGAGAGAUGGAAGUGGGAAUUUGCCGAGUUGGGGUGUGGCCGGGGGCAGGGGCAUUGGGGUGUACAUUGUCAUCGAGCGAGUGCAACGGUGGAAAUUCGUGUUUCCCUCCGUCCACUUCUGGGUUUUUGUGCUCUUCUUCUUCUUCUUCCUAUGGGCUGGUUUCGAACAGCUGUAGGGUAGCGGCGUCUCGGAAAGCUGGCGGCGAAGGGCAGCAGCAGACCGGGGCAGUGAUCAAGACGAGGUCGGGUCGAGGAGCUUUGAGUUGCAGUGAUGGAGGUAUGUUUUGCCGCAUGCGCCGGAUUAGUUUGGGUAGAGAACUGGGGUUCAAACGGAGCAGCAGGGGCAACGUUGGAAUGCAGGCUGAGGUUGGAGGAUCAGGAAGCAGUAACCCUCAAAGAGAAACGGUUCAAGCAACCAUAGAACAGAGCAAGCGCCUGCUGGCUAUGCAAAAGGAGCUCCUCAAACAGAUCGAGGAGCGUAAAAAACUGUAUUCGUCACUGUCGGAUGCGGCUGGAAAUCGAACAGAAGAAAUACAGGCUUUCAAUGAAGCAGAUUCAGCCAUUCAAGACAAGAUCGAAGAAAUUCGAGCCAUCCAAAGUGGAGCGCAAAAGUCAGGAAGUGGAAAAUCUGAAAGUGGCGCUGGUGAACUGAUCGGUGACGGUAAAAGCAAGAACAAGGCUACAAGUCCUACAGCCAGGCCCUUGGCUGCAUCUUGGCAGUCCCCUGUAGCUCCUCGGUCUUCUCCUUCUUCAUCUUCGUCUACCUUCCCCGCAACAAAACCUGCCGUUCUAUCUCCAGUUCAAACUUUCUCACCAAAUUCCAUUUCUUCACCGCAAGCCCCGUCCAUGAAACCGUUUGUUGCACCUGCCCCAAACCCAACAACAAAGCCGAUCUCGUUAAUACCUCCCGAACUGCCUGAGUCAACAUCAAAGAAGGAUACCGAAAAGAUUGGGGAGUUGGACGAUGCUGGUUCCGAGAAGGAGGUUGACGUUCCUCCACCUUUGGCUGGGCCGAACGUCAUGAACGUGGUCCUUGUGGCAGCCGAAUGCGCUCCCUGGUCCAAAACAGGUGGGUUGGGUGAUGUCGUUGGAGCUCUUCCCAAAGCUCUUGCACGUAGAGGACAUCGCGUAAUGGUUGUUGCCCCUAGAUACAGCAAUUAUUUGGAAGCCUGGGACACUACAGUGCGUAAAACUUACAACGUUGGAGGACAGGAUAUGACUGUUGGUUAUUUCCAUGGCUACAUCGACGGUGUAGAUUUCGUGUUUAUUGAUUCACCUUUAUACCAAGCUUUCAAAACAAACAUAUAUGGAGGCUCUAGAGAGGAGGUGCUCACGCGAAUGAUUCUUCUUUGCAAGGCAGCUGUUGAGGCUCCAUGGCACGUUCCUUGUGGUGGUGUUCCGUAUGGAGAUGGGAAUCUAGUUUUCAUCGCCAACGACUGGCAUACUGCCCUCUUGCCAGUCUACUUACAGGCGUAUUAUCGUGACCAUGGGCUCAUGCAGUUCACCAGAGCAGUACUGGUCAUCCACAACAUGGCUCAUCAGGGUCGCGGUCCGAUGACAGAUUUUAGAAAGUUGGGAUUGCCAGAUCACUUCGCCUCUAAGUUUCGGCUGGUAGAUCCUAUUGGUGGAGAGCACUGCAACGUGUUCAAAGCAGGUCUUAUUACUGCUCACAGAAUUGUGACGGUCAGUCAUGGAUAUGCCUGGGAGGUUCAAACACAGGAGGGAGGCUGGGGAUUGCACGGUGUAAUAGGAGAGCACUCUUGGAAGCUCCGGGGUGUCGUAAACGGGAUUGAUGAGAAAGAAUGGAAUCCAGAAACCGAUCCAUGUCUUCAGAGCGAUGGAUAUCAAAAUUACUCCGUGGAGAACAUGGAAGGCAAGGCAGCGUGUAAGGCUGCCUUGCAAAGGGAAUUGGGUCUUCCAGUUCGUCCUGAUGUGCCCUUGAUCGGUUUUAUCGGACGUUUGGAUCACCAGAAAGGAGUGGACAUCAUUGCGGAAGCAAUGCCGUGGAUGAUGAGUCAGGAUUUACAGCUCGUAAUGCUCGGCACAGGGAGGCCGGACUUGGAAAAUAUGCUUCGAACUUUUGAAGGUCAACACCGUGAAAAGGUUCGAGGAUGGGUUGGAUUUUCAGUGAAAACAGCACAUCGCAUCACUGCUGGAGUUGACAUCUUACUCAUGCCUUCCCGUUUUGAGCCAUGUGGCCUGAACCAGCUGUACGCCAUGAAAUACGGAACCGUGCCGGUUGUGCACUCGGUCGGUGGAUUGAAGGACACUGUACAACCAUUUGAUCCGUUCACAGAGUCAGGCUUGGGCUGGACCUUCGAUCAGGCAUCAGCAGCGGGGCUCAUCCAUGCUCUGGGUAAUGCUAUGUGGACCUUCAAGGACUACAAGAAAAGUUGGGAGGGUAUCCAAAGUCGAGGCAUGAAGCAAGAUUUGAGCUGGGAUAAUGCGGCGCAGUUGUACGAGGAGGUGCUUUGCGCUGCUAAGUUCCAGUGGUAGAUUGUCUUCUCCCUGUACAAUCUUCCGUCUUUCGAAGACUCCGAACCAGUACCUCCUUCCACGGCGAGGAGAGGAGACCAAAACCCUCGCGGAAACUCAGCACAUCUGGAUUUGUGGUGUCGUGAAACUAUCCCGCAUUUUUUUUGUGUCUAAUCAUUCUCAGCCUAUUGCUGUAUGUGAUUGUUCACGAUGAAGUUUUGUCCAGUUGAAAUUGUGAACCACAAUGUAAACGUAGAAGAGAUUUUAGAUGACUCAGUUAGGCUCCCUUAGUGUCACAUCAUCAACAGAUGCCCGUCGAUGAUCAUUGUAUUCGAUAAAUGCCCCGCAGACCCCAGUUGCUUCAGUAGGGUUUGAUUUAGACGAUAGACAAAAGCUUCGAGGUAGAUCACUUGUACAAUUCCCGUAGACACGAUCUCCAGGAAAGCUGCGCGCCACUACUGCCUGUAGCAGUAGUAGUGACACACCGUCAAUGAAAUGUCCUGCCCGCUCCGCUGGAUCUCGAAGAAUCAUUGGCGCAGGAAUUAGCGGUGGGAGGGUUUGUCAGGAGUGUAUGUCAUCCCGACGAGCCUUCGGUGCAUCGUCGGGGCGCUUCCUUCAUCACAACUUCUGAUGUGAGAGCUUUCAACCAGCGGUUGUAUUUCUUGAAUAUGUGGUAGCGCUGGCAUGCGAAUUGGUCGACGUCUGGGUUCUAUCUGAAGUGUCAGAAUCUAGUACGCUCCGAAGUCUUCGUAUUCGCAAGACUUGUCCAAAUGUCGACUGCGGCCGUGGUCCAGGGUUAGCUUCAGCUCCAUGGAGGACAUGGUUUGUGUAGCUGAUGCUACUUUCCGUCAUGUUUAUAAAUUUACUCUUACCUUCACUUCAGACCGUUGCAUUACAUGAAUUGGUACUUU